UUCCGCUUCCUUCAAGUAAGGAGUCGGUGCCUUCCCUUUUUUUUCCUCAGCCAGGCGACAGCGGCGUAGGCUUGAGAUGUUUGGCUUCAAGAGAAACGCGGUCAUCGGACUCAACCUCUACUGUGGGGGCGCCAAGCUGGGGGCCGGCGGCGGCGGCGAUGCCGCGUCGCCUUCGGGAAAAGGGCUCCUGCCCGCGGGGAAGGAGGCCGCGGCGGUGCGGCGAGAGGCCGGGGGAGGGGAGGCGGCGCCGGUGAUUGGCGGGAGCGCCGGCGCGAGCCCCCCGGCCGCCGUGGCGCCGGACGCCCGGAGGGUCGCGCGGCCCUCGCCCAUUGGCGCCGAGGGCCCCGACGUCACCGCGACCCCCGCGCGGCGGCUGUUCGCGCCCGUCGGCCGCGCGGCGCCGCCUGAGAAGAUGGAAGCCGCCGCGGCCGCCGCCGCCAUCAUGUCGCCGGAAGAGGAGCUGGACGGGUACGAGCCGGAGCCUCUCGGGAAGCGGCCGGCCGUCCUGCCCUUGCUGGUCGGGGAGGCCAGCCGCGGCCCCGGCGCGGGCGGCUCGCUGCCCUCCACGCCGCCCCCAGCGGAGGAGGAGGAGGACGACGAGCUGUUCCGGCAGUCGCUGGAGAUUAUCUCUCGGUACCUUAGGGAGCAGGCGACCGGCGCCAAGGACACGAAGCCGCUGGGCGGGUCUGCGGCCUCCAGCCGGAAGGCAUUAGAGACCCUCCGGCGGGUCGGGGACGGCGUGCAGCGCAACCACGAGAUGGCCUUCCAAGGUAUGCUCCGCAAGCUGGACAUCAAGAACCAGGACGACGUCAAGUCUUUGUCUCGCGUGAUGGACCACGUGUUCAGCGACGGGAUAACAAACUGGGGCAGGAUUGUGACUCUCAUUUCUUUUGGUGCCUUUGUGGCCAAACACUUGAAGAGCAUCAACCAAGAAAGCUGCAUUGACCCCUUAGCAGAAAGCAUCACAGACGUUCUCGUGAGGACGAAACGAGACUGGCUAGUGAAACAAAGAGGCUGGGAUGGGUUUGUGGAAUUCUUCCAUGUAGAAGACCUAGAAGGUGGCAUCAGAAAUGUGCUGCUGGCUUUUGCAGGUGUUGCUGGAGUAGGAGCUGGUUUGGCAUAUCUAAUAAGAUAGCCUUUUAAGUGAGAGAAUUGACUCUUAACCAACUCCAGACACCAGAUCCACAACCAUCUGCUGUGAAAAACAGUGUAUUUAUGAAGUUGGACUUCAAAGCUAUCCAGGCUGUAACCUCCACGCAACGAGAAAAACGAGUGGCAAGAGGAUUAUGGCUAACAAGAAUAAAUGUCAUGGAAAAAGUAGUCCCCAUUGGAGAGUCACUGUCUCUAAAAGAAGCAAAGUUAAGUUUCAGCAACCUGCAACUUUGGGAGGCCCUGAAGGAGGACUUUUAGAUUUAGUGAAGAUGGUAGGGUGGAGAGACUUGCUAUCCUUGCCUAGAACAGGAGAGUGGCCAGUAGCCAGGCUAGUCAUGCAGAGUUCAUUACAUAUGCCCAUUAAUUUCUAUAGUGUUAAAAGACAAGCACUAACAAUGCCAGUGAACUGUAAAGUGAAUUUAAGCUACAACAGAAAUAUGACUAGAAGCCUCAGUACUGUACAACAGAGUGUGAAGGGAAGCUUUUUCCUCUGUGUAAUUGGCUUUCCCAAGUAUGCUUCUUGAAGAAUACAAAGUCCAAGUGCUCAGGACUUUAUACCUGUUCUACUUUGACUUGGUUUGAGUGGUUUAGUUUGUUAGCCUUGUAAUGGCCACGAAUACUUGACUUAAAGGCUCAAUAAUUGUAGUUACAAAUGUGGAUUGUGCUCAAUUUUUAAGAUAAAAACUUGUAAAUGUGUUUGUCUGUAAAAAUUGUAUAUAUUUUUACAGAAAGUCUAUUUCUUUGAAAUGUAAAGGCACAAGAGUAGAAUUUCCAUUAGUUUUUUCAUACCAUUUUGAAAUUUACAAUUUCUAUAGUUAGGAACCUAUUUCUUACAGCUUUUCUAUCCUAAACUUUGUCCUGGUCAAUUCUAGAUUGUAUACAGAACCAGUUGAUGUAAUUGUAUGCAACCUGGUUGUGAUGGAACAAUUCUGAUUCAUAACUAUGCAGGCUUUAAUUUUCCUAUCAGAUUUCGGUAAGUAUUCCUUAUAGGGCUUUUUUUUUUUUUUUUUUUUUUAAAUCUGGGUUGAGAAAUUGGGUAAUGGAAAUUCUUUCAAUACAAUACAUGUAGAUUUUCAGUGAUUGAGUCAGGUUUUAAGGGCGUGGGAGAUGGGGAGCAGGCCAUUGAUUUACAAAUAAUGAGCUCUGAUUGGGCAACAACUUGUUUUUUGAGUUCCUUCUGUUUCAACCUAGCUUAACUGGUGAACUAAUGAGCUCUGAUUGGGCAACAAUUUGUUUUGUGUUCCUUCUGUUCAACCUAGCUUAACUGGUGAAAUUUGUGUUCAUGAGUUCAUCUGCAAAGCUUUUAAAAAGGUUUUCAGCUGUUCCAAAUGGGAUUUACCAGCAGUAUGUGUAUAAAAAGAUCUCAUCAGGUGGAUGAGAGAUGUUUGAUCCCUUUGCAUAAGUUGUAAAAUGAUGGCUUUGAAAGCAGGCCAUAGUCUAACCAUGGUGCUAUUUUAGGCUGGCUUGUUAAACACGGGUCUAAGCCUAAUGUAUAAAUAAAGCAAAUACUUAAUUGUUUC